AUGCCGCUCGCAGUUGACCUUUUGCACCCAACUCUGCGCGAGGAGAAGAGAAAAUGCAAACUAAAGCGCUUGGUUCCGUCCCCGAAUUCCUUUUUCAUGGAUGUUAAGUGUCCAGGAUGUUUGAAAAUUCAGAUAGUGUUCAGUCAUGCACAGACCCCAGUGGUUUGUCCAGGAUGUGAUCGGAUUUUGUGCCAGCCAACAGGCGGUCGAACACGACUAGCCAAUGGUAAGUCAUUUCAGCUUAUGUGA